AUGCUGCUAGAAACGGAGCUCGAGCGGGACCGCGAUAGGCCCCUGGCCUCCGCCACGCACGCCCUCUGCGCCUUCGGGGGCGCUCGGGAGAUCCCGCUGUGCGCCGGCUGUGACCAGCACAUCCUGGACCGCUUCAUCCUGAAGGCGCUGGACCGGCACUGGCACAGCAAGUGCCUCAAGUGCAGCGACUGCCACACACCGCUGGCAGAGCGCUGCUUCAGCCGGGGCGAGAGUGUCUACUGCAAGGACGACUUCUUCAAGCGCUUCGGGACCAAGUGCGCCGCAUGCCAGCUGGGCAUCCCGCCCACGCAGGUGGUGCGCCGUGCCCAGGACUUCGUGUACCACCUGCACUGCUUCGCGUGCGUGGUGUGCAAGCGGCAGCUAGCCACGGGUGACGAGUUCUACCUCAUGGAGGACAGCCGGCUGGUGUGCAAAGCGGACUACGAGACAGCCAAGCAGCGAGAGGCUGAGGCCACUGCCAAGCGGCCGCGCACAACCAUCACAGCCAAGCAGCUGGAGACGCUGAAGAGCGCGUACAACACCUCGCCCAAGCCUGCGCGCCACGUGCGGGAGCAGCUGUCCUCUGAGACCGGCCUGGACAUGCGCGUCGUGCAGGUCUGGUUCCAGAACCGCAGGGCCAAGGAGAAGAGACUGAAAAAGGACGCGGGCCGGCAGCGCUGGGGACAGUACUUCCGAAACGCGAAGCGCUCCCGCGGGAGCUCCAGGUCUGACAAGGACAGCAUCCCUGAAGCACAGGACAGUGACGCCGAGGUCUCCUUCAGUGAGGAGCCAUCUCUGGCUGAAAUGGGUCCCGCCAGCGGCCUGUACAGCAGCCUGGGGGAGCCUACCCCUGCCCUGGGCCGGCCAGCAGGCACCCUGGGCAGCUUCGUGCUGGAGCACGGAAGUCUAGCCGGCCCCGAACCUUACCGAGAGCUGCGCCCUGGCAGCCCCUACGGCAUCCCUCCAUCCCCUGCCGCCCCGCAAAGCCUUCCUGGCACCCAGCCCCUGCUCUCCAGCCUGGUGUACCCUGACGCCAGCCUGGGUCUCGUGCCCUUGCCAGCCCCAGGCAGCACCCCGGCCAUGAGGGGGCUUGCGGGUAAUGGACCCAGCUCGGACCUGUCCACUGGGAGCAGCGGGGGUUAUCCCGACUUUCCUGCCAGUCCGGCCUCCUGGCUGGAUGAGGUGGACCAUGGUCAGUUCUGAUUGAGGCC